AGACGCUGCUUUGUUCAACAGUAGGAGGGGGGAGGACAGACACACAGCUGCUUGUCUUGCCUUGCACGAAUACAGUUUACCGACCUGGACUAUUUACGUUGUAAUAUACAUUAGGAAAACCUUUUCUCUUCCCGGACUGAGAGGAAUUCUGCGUAAGGGAUGUCGAAGCGAGUGCGAAGCAGGGAGGUCUGCGCUGAUUGCAGCGCUCCUGAGCCCCGUUGGGCCUCUGUGAACAGGGGUGUGUUGAUCUGCGACGAGUGCUGCAGCAUCCACCGGGGUCUCGGGCGACACAGCUCUCAAGUCAGGCAUCUGACUCAGUGUUCCUGGCCUCAGUCUCAGCUGCAGAUGGUCCAGACAUUAUAUGGCAAUGGUGCAAAUUCCAUAUGGGAACACAGCCUUCUGGAUCCUUCCUCAUCAGCGAGUGGGAAACGCAAAGCCAACCCUCAGGACAGAGUUCACCCCAACAAGACGGAGUUCAUCAAAGCCAAAUAUCAGAUGUUGGCUUAUGUCCAUCGGAUGCCUUGUCGUGAUGAUGACAGUGUAACAGCAAAGGAUCUCAGUAAGCAACUCCACUCCAGUGUUCGGACCGGGAACCUGGAGACCUGCCUCAGACUUCUAUCUCUAGGAGCACAAGCCAACUUCUUCCACCCAGAGAAAGGUAACACCCCACUGCAUAUAGCAGCAAAGGCAGGUCAGAUUCUACAAGCUGAGCUCUUGGCUGUUUAUGGAGCCGAUCCUGGAGCUCUGGACUCCAGUGGGAAGACACCGAUUGACAACGCAAGACAAGCUGGGCACCAGGAGCUGGCAGAGAGGCUGGUUGAGAUACAAUAUGAACUCACUGACCGGUUAACAUUUUACCUGUGUGGCAGAAGACCUGAUCAUAGAAAUGGGCAGCACUUCAUCAUUCCACAAAUGGCUGACAGAAACAACAGUCUCGAUUUGUCAGAUUUUGCAAAGGCAGCAAAGAAGAAGCUCCAGUCGUUAAGUAACCAUCAAUUUGAGGAACUUGCCAUGGAUGUUUAUGAUGAAGUGGACAGAAGAGAAACUGAUGCAGUCUGGUUGGCCACUCAGAACCACAGCACUCUUGUCACAGACACUACAGUUGUUCCUUUUUUGCCUGUCAACCCUGAAUAUUCAUCCACCAGAAAUCAGGGUCGUCAGAAAUUGGCGAGGUUUAGCGCUCAUGAAUUUGCCACCUUGGUUAUUGAUAUUCUAGCAGAUGCUAAAAGACGACAGUGGGGUAAUUCCUGCGAUAGUCCAAAAGAUAACGUUGAGCUGAUCCUUCAGGGAAUAAACAGUCGCCACAACAGUGAGAGCCAAGACAACGAUCAACCAGAUUAUGACAGUGUGGCAUCUGAUGAAGAUCCAGUACAAGAGGCCACAUGUGGGGAUAGCUGUAACCAUGGGAGGACAAAGAGCUCAGAGUCUUCUGAUCUGUCUGAUGGACCAAUUACAGUGCAGGAGUUCAUGGAGGUGAAGAGUGCCCUGACUGCUUCAGAGGCCAAAAUACAACAGCUUCUCAAAGUCAACUGUCAUCUUAGUAAAGAACUGCAGAUGAUGCAGAGCAAGCUGAGCUCCCUGCAGACUGAAAACACAACGCUGAGAUGGCAAACCCCCGGCGGACAACAACAUCCCCAGGGGCCCUUUGGUCGACAUCCACCCCGCGGAGGUCGCGCCAUGUCGAUGUAUGAGACGGGCUCUGCUCCAAAACAUUUCUCCCACAGAGUGGACACGGCUCGCCAUGAUGACGGAGUUGUUUUGCAGCCAUUUCCCACCAACAUUGGGAGGGGCCCUUUGGGGACAGCUGCCUCCUCUCUCCCUACCUUCCCCUCUCCCCUGUCCUGGUCGUGGGAUGAGAGAUCUCGCAGGGGCUGUAGUCUUGGAGGACACGGUACAAUGUUGGAGAACGACUAUGACACUACUCCAAACCACUCUGAACUCGAGGAGACUGGCAGUCCGGAAGCAGCUCCUGACUCAGUGGAACCAGGGGUGGAAGGUGAAGAAGAUGCCACUCUGCCGUGCACUGAGGACGUUAUAUGCAAGACGGAGCAGAUCACCAAGAACAUCCAGGAACUCCUGAGAGCUGCACAGGAGACCAAGCAUGAAAGCUUUCUGCCCUGUUCUGAGAAGAUCCGUUUGGCUGUGACCGAGAUGGCCGCCCUAUUUCCCAAGAGGCCGUCCUCGGAGACGGUGCGAAAUUCUCUGUAUCUGCUGACUUCGAGCGCGAGCCGACUUCACGGAGAGUGCCAGAAGGCAGCAGAACUCAAUCCCUGCCCAUCGGACAUCCAGCUGGUCACUCAGCAGGUCAUCCAGUGUGCCUAUGACAUUGCCAAAGCUGCCAAGCAACUUGUUACUGUCACAACCAAAGAAAACAACAACUAACCUAAACCCAAAGGCACUUCUCAAGCACUCAAUGCGCAAUCCAUCUGUUACAGUGCGAGGCUUUCUUUUUAAUCAGUGUUAUAUUUCUGUUUCCUCAACAGUAAUAAGUCUAAGCAUUCACACACAUUCCUUGGGGUGGGAACGUCUCACCAAAGGAUUCAGAAUCAUAAAGUCAUCAAAAAAAUAACUUUUGUCUUUGUGCAGUACAUUUAUGAAAAGACACAUCCUUACCUCGCAGAGUUGAAUCCCUCUAGUUUCCGAAAGUGCAACGUUGUGCACUUAUGGAACCGAAAUAGAACAACAAGCAGUUCUAAAGAGUUUCUUUGUGUUUUCUCUUUCUCCUCAGUACUGUAUUUGACAUCUGAUGUGGUUCUUGACAUCUGCUUUCUGGCAUGGUCCAAAAGAUUCAGACCAGCAAGGACCACAACUGAUAAACCCUCCCCAGUUUACUCCAGUGAUGAUGGUUUAUUUUUCUAAUAACUGUUGUUUUAGGAAACGGUGGCUGUAUUGUAAUCUAAAAUCUUUGUGAUGUUGCUUGCUUAAAAGUGUACAUUUGUUUAGAAAGCCGACUGUGACGAUGACACAAAACGCCUUUCGGUGCAUUAGACUAUGUUUCAGACCAGCACACUUUCAUUCCAUCCAGCAGGAGAUUUAUGCUUCCCUCUCUCUCAGCUGGUUGAAGAUCUCUUCUUUAGGUAAAGUGUCAGUAGUUAUUGGAGUUAUAAUGUUACAGCCAUACUUGUAAUGCUCAGUGUGUGACUGUGUGUGAGGGAGCGAAGUUGCUCUCAAAUGCGGCGUCCACAAUGGGUUGUGUGAAAACCACUUUGAAUCAAUUUUAACAGCAUUAUGCAAAUAUGUAAGAUGUAUGUAUCCAUGCAAUUCUUUAUCAGAUUAAUCCAAAUGCUAUUCUAUUUAAAAAUGUAUGUCCAUACCUCUAAACAAAUACCAGUGUUUAUUUUCAUAAGCUUUUGUUCAACACAGCUAACAUUUGUCCUGCUGUUUGGGGCAUCCCAGCUGGCAGUCAAUUAACGAUAACUUGUGAUCUCAGUGUAUUUGCUGUGGUGCUGUAAUCAAGUGUUUUACACGCUUCCUGUGGUCAAAUGCGUAGUUCUACAUGGCUUACAGCCCACAAUAAAAUAACCGUAACCUCUGUGUACCUAUUGUAGAUCAUAGUGAGCCAGAUGACUUUGACCCAGUUGUGGAAAUGAACUGUAGUUCUUUUCAUGUUACUCAGGUUUAAUUAGACUUCAUAAACAUAAAACAUGUUCACUAUGUUUCCAGGAGACUUUCUCUUCUAUGUCAACAAUUGCAUUAUGAGAAAUAAUCUUCUAUAAUCCAUUUUUUAAAACUACGGCUUGACGUGUGUUUGACAGAAAAUAUAUUUUAUUCAGUAGAAAACGUUGCGGACUGUAUCACACAUUAAGAAAAGCGCUAGGAUUUUUUCACCUUAUUUAAAUGAGACCACAAUUAUUUUAAAUCUGCUUUAUUUAAAAUAAACUAUUUACUAGGUUUUAAUUACUUUUGGGUUUUGUAAACGUUAGACUGCAAACAAGUGUCAGAAUAUUUGAAGUAUGAUUAUUUUAAAUGGACAUUGGGCAAUCUUGUGGGACUGAGAAAACAUCUGCCACAAUCCCUUCAGUGUAUUAAUGAUGUAACUGAUGUUGCAUAUAUUAAGUUAAUUUAUUUUAGCCCAGCUGUUUUUGUUUUUAUUUUUUGUUUUUUUAUGAAGACUUGAUGUGUAACGAAGCAAGCGCUAGAGAGGAUGACUUUAGGUUUGUUUCUAAAAUACUCCCCUGAACCUUCAUCCUCCAACUCUAACUGCAGUCUGCAGAUUUGUUUUGCGCAUUUGAACUGCAAAAGCUUUACAUUUAAAUUACAAAUGAUGGGUUUGCAAUUAGAUGAAGAAUAAGAAAGGAAGAAAAAAAAACCAUUUAAUUUUGGCAACAGAAUAAAUACACUUAAGGAAAUGUAUAAAAUAUUUUAAGCUUUUUAGGAAACUGGUUGUUUUUUUAUCUUCUUUUUUUAAAAAAAAGCAAAAACAAAUAUGUCAUGUCUUACGAGUUUACUUGUAAGAUUGUGUCAGAGAUUUUUAAUCUGUUAUAGUUUAAGAAAAACACACAAGUUUAAACUGGCGACUGACAUCUAGUGCUAAGAGUGAAAAUACUCAGCCAAUCAGAAACGUAGUACUACUUUCCUCCAUUGAGUUUGACCCCACAGGUUCAGGGUAGCAUUAAAAGUACUGGGUCGUUUUUCCAAGUCAUCUAUUUUUACUCUGGUAGAUGUGAUUCAAAAAUGGUUAAAGAAAGAUUUUUGAAACUGAAACUCACCUUUUAGAUACGUAGGGAACCAUAAAUAAAUGUGAAAUUGUUUUUUCACACUUUCAUGCAAAAAUAUUUGAGAAAGUUGAAACCUAAUCAUGUAAUCCAUAUACAUUUGGAACUUUAAAAACAAGCUCUUAUAUAUAUAUAUAUAUAUUUUCUGAUAAGUGGACCUUACAAAAAAAAUCUAUUGUCUUUAAAGUCACAGAAUAUUUUUUAUGUGAAAUUACACCAAAUUUGUUUUGUUUUGGGGGGUUUUAACCAGGAAUACUAAUGCUCUGAAUGAAGCUGGACAAUGGGAUGAAGGAAAAGAGUCAUUUGAAAUGUUUUACUGAUUUUAUACCUCGCCCUUUUUUCAAGCCAAUAUCGACUGACAAGGGGAAGUUAAAAUAAUUAUUUCAAGACGGGGCCACUUACACUGAAGUCACAUUUCAAAGAAAGUGUUCGUUUUGAUAAUAAAUUAUACAAUUAAAUAAAAUCUGUUAUCUUAAAAUCGGCUUUUAAAAAGCGAAAGAGGAAUUGUAUUGUUUUGCACCAAAAAAAUGUUUUUCUUUUCUUUUGCAUUUUGAGCCUAUUUAGUCUUUCCACUCUGGCGUCAACCCUGGUAUUUAAUUCCCUGUGCGUUUGAGCCUCCUCCUGCCUCUGUUGUUGAAAACUUCGUUUAGCGUAUAAUAAACUAUAACCAACCUCAA